AUGUCCUGUCAUGUCGGAGUUUACGGCCUUGCAGUGAUGGGCCUCGGGCUCUCCCUAAAUAUCGCAAGCCGGGGAUUCCGCGUCUGCGUGUCCAAUCGUACGCCUGCCAAAAUCGACAGAGCGCUAAAAAAGGCGGCUGAAGAAAACCUGGCGAAAAACAUCGUUGGUGCGAGGACGCUCGAUGAAUUUGUGCACUGUCUGCAAAGGCCGAGACGCAUAUUAAUGGUUAUCGAGGCAGGGGCGCCUGUCGAAACGCUUAUAGACCUUUUGCUUCCCAAGCUCGACCAAGGCGACUGCCUGGUGGAUGCGGGAAACGAAUUUUUCGAGGUGUCUGUGAAAAGAGAACAAAGAUGUGCUUCCAGAGGAGUCCUGUUCAUGGACGUCGGGCUAUGUGCUGGCGGCGACGGUGCCCGCUAUGGGCCCCCUCUAACACCAGGAGGGAGUGAGGAGGCUUGGAAGCUCAUGGAACCUGUUUUUGUUCAGCUGGCAGGGAGGAUCGACCAGUCGAAGACCAUUCCUCUUCCAGGUGCCCUUACAUUCAGCGACGAGAUGAAGCAGAACGCUUGCGUCACACAUCUUGGUCCUUGUGGAGCUGGGCACUACGUCAAAAUGGUUCAUAAUGGCAUAAUGUAUGGUGACAUGCAGCUGAUUGCCGAGGCAUAUCACCUGCUCAAGCACGCCUGCCGCUUGACCAACGACGAGCUUUACGCCACCUUUAAAAAGUGGAACGAAGGCGAUCUUCGUUCCUACCUGCUUGGUAUCACUGCAAACAUCGUUCGCAAAAAAGACCCUUUUACCGGCGGGUACCUCUUGGAUUUCAUAGUCGACGCCGCUGGAUCACGAGGAACUGGUAAAUGGGCCAUGCAGCAGGCCGCCGAGCUGGGAAUCGCUGUCCCAACAAUCACGGCUGCCCUCGAUAUGCGAUAUAUAAGUUCUAACAUCGGCCUGCGCCAACGUAUGAAUGUUCUUUACUUCCAAACCUGGACAUCAAUGGACGACGCCAAAAAUCCGCUGAGGGAAAAACAAAUUGAAUCUAUCAAAAAAGCUUUGGUCUGCGGAAGGAUUUCCUGCUUCGCCCAAGGCAUGCAGCUUCUGCGGGCUAUCUCACUUGAGAAGGGCUGGGCUCUCAAUCUCGCAGAGGCCUCCCGAAUUUGGCAAGCCGGCUGCGUCAUCGAAUGCGACUUCCUAAAAGUUAUGCAACACGCCUUCUUGAGGAACCCCGACUUGGAGAAUAUUCUUCUCGAUGAACAGAUAAGUGGAAUGGUUCAAAGACAUCUUCCAGCCCUCCAAGACGUUGUCCAUCUCUCCCUGGGAACUGGAGUUUCUCAGUCAGAUGGGCCGUCCACAGUAGUAACCCUUCCCAUUCCAGCUUUUUCAGCUUCCUACAACUACCUGGCCUCAAGUUGCGGUCUCCAUCUUUCAAUCAACCUGGUGCAAGCUCAGCGCGAUUGUUUCGGUUCACAUCACUUCAAGAGAACUGAUAGAGAAGGGAAAUUUCACGUGGAAAACUGGGCAGACUGA